AUGAAUACUGGGCUAACCACACCCCACUCCUGGCUAGGGGCCAAUAACCACAGCAGCAAUCAAUCGAACGAGACCGGUGCUCAUGCCGGAGUGGGUGGCCGUGAUGGGAACCAGGUGCUCAUGGGAUUGCUGCUGGGCUGUCUGUGCAUCAUCACGGUACUGAUGAACACCCUGGUGCUGUACGCCGUGAAACGCGAGCGCGCCUUGCACACCGUGGCCAACAUGUACAUCACGAGCCUGGCUUCGGCAGAUCUCCUCAUCGGGAGCAUCGUGAUGCCUCUGAGCCUAGCCUACCUCCUGGAUCAGGAGUGGAAGAUGGGCCAAGCCGCCUGCAAAUUCUGGCUGUCCAUCGACUACAUAGCCAGCACUGCCUCCAUUUUCAGCCUGUUUGUUCUCUGCCUGGACCGCUACAGGUCAGUACGCCAGCCCCUGGCUUAUAUCCGGCUCAGGACCAAAGCCAGGGCCGGCUGGCUCAUUGCUUUGGCCUGGCUGCUGUCCGCAAGUUGGCUGGUCCCCAUACUGGGCUGGCCACAGUCCGCCGGUACCGCGGAAACAGAUACCGUAGUAACCCAGCUGCAGUGCGACACGGAAUUCAGACACAGCGGCUGGUUCAAGCUGCUAGCAGCCUUCCUGAAUUUCUACCUGCCUUCCACAUUCAUGCUUUGGUACUACUCUCGCAUAUACAAAGCCGUUCAGAAGCAUUGCAGGCAGAGAGCAGGAUCGUUUGGUGGCAGCAGUGGGAUCUUUUCAGAAAUAAACAGCCUUCUACUUCCAGGAGAAUGGGAAAGCAGAAAAGGAGCCUUUGAAAGGGGGAAAGAUCUGGUGUGUACGAAGGUGUGCAGGGGCAAAAGGAGAUCUAAUUUGCGGAGUUUUAAACACAAUUCUGGGCGUCCGAUUUCAGAGCAGAAUACGGAAGUGCCCCCUGGUUUUUCUGAAUACCGUCCCCACCACCCAGUUUCUUUCUCGGGCAGAAGGGUCCCGUCUGGAUAUACCCGGCUGGUGGGCAUGGAGCUCAAACCUUUGAAAAAGGGUCAUUCCCGAGCUCCAGAAACACACGGCCACCAAGAUAGUGGAGAAACAUCUAGGGAGGAAGGGUUACCGAACGGGAUUCAUCCUCAAACAACCACCAGGAAGUGUGGCGGGAAAGAAACUGACACUCCAGAGUGGAAGGAAAUGCAAGACAUUUUGAAAAUCCGAAAAUUGUGCGAGGUUCCCGGAAAAAGGUCAGGGAGAAACCCCGGGAAUGGGAAGUCUCCCCGACGGGAGCCUUGGAUGCGGGGGACCUUUCCCAGACGCCCCUCACGGACGAAUAAGGACUGGAAAGCCGCGAGGCAGCUGGGCGUGAUCGUGGUGGUGUUCUUGGUUUGCUGGACCCCCUAUUUUGUCUCCUUCACCAUCACUGCUCUGUGCGACUCUUGCAUCAGCGUUCACACCCACAUGCUCACAAUCUGGCUGGGGUACCUGAACUCCACCCUCAAUCCAUUCAUCUACCCGCUCAGUAACACCACCUUCAGAAAGACGUUCAGGCACAUCCUCGGACAGUAG